UCCUCUAGUUUCUGGUUAAAACCGUGAAAGAAACUCUUGUUCACUUUCACAUUGAGUUGAGAGAUUCUGAGCUCUGCAGAUUUUCAGUUGACCAACAGCUCACUGCUCAUACUGCAGACAUGAAGUUUGUGAUCCUGUUUGCUCUUUUGAGUGGAGUUUUCUCUGCCCCAUUUAUGAAGGAAGAGAAAGCGAAGGGAUUCAUCCGGCUGAAGAGACAGUCGGGUUACUGGGAUCCAUACCACUCUCAAAACCAGUGGGGAUACACCAUUCAAGAACAGGCUAAUGAAUACUGGACCGCCCUCAGAACUGAUGCUCAGUACUACAUGGAUAUGGGUAACCUGAUGUUUGACCGCUCUGUGGCUGAUGAAAACAACAGGAGGUACAUGGAGAUGCUACGCCAUGCCAGAGCUCACCUGGACAGUCAGACGGGUCGACAGUGAUAAGAAGCAUUGACAAGAAACUAUGAGAAGCCCUUAAAUCCCACCGAAGAUACAAAAAAUGAAGUUGUUUGUAUGCGUUUCAUUGGUUAUUUAUUGUCUACUUUUCCCCUUUUGAUUGUGUAGGUUUUUCUAUUAAAACACACAACAUAUGAUGAGACGUCAGUGCCCACACAGAUUAAAACUACUGUAAUAUUAUACAGUCACUCAUAAACACAGUCUGAGAAAAAAUUUAGGAAAUUAAUAGUUUUGCUUGUUAUAUGUUAAAAUAUUAUAAACUGUACACAUCUAUAUAAAGUGUGUGUGUUCAUAUGAAACAUUUAUGUAUCAGAGCUUUUGUUGUAUUGCAGUAUGGAUACUUGUAGAAAAUGAUGCAUUUUAUUUAAUCAUAAAAGUCUGAAUAAGUCUAUAA